CCUGGUUUGGUGCUGCAGUCGCAAAAGGGUGGGUCAUCUCUCUGCUGUAUCCUGUUUUAGAAUUCUUUACUCCAAGCAAUCCUGAUUUCUUUGGUCGUACAUAUUGAUGAGUUUAAAGAACUGAUGAACUGAAAGGAGAUUUUUAAAGAGUUGCUGUGCCUUGUGGUGAAAUCAUGUUCGGCUCUGUCUUCAAAGCUGAUCGCCUUCGGGUCAACUUGCAACUGGUUGUCAAUCGCCUAAAACUCCUGGAAAGAAAGAAAAUGUGUGCUUUAUGCUGCAGCCGAGCAGGCCCAGAAAGCAAGGAAGGAGGUCGCUGACCAUCUGGCUGCUGGGAAAGAUGAGCGAGCUCGGAUCCGAGUGGAGCACAUUAUACGGGAAGACUACCUCGUGGAGGCCAUGGAGAUCCUGGAGCUGUAUUGUAACCUGCUGCUGGCCCGGUUUGGCUUGAUCCAGGCCACAAAGGAACUGGAUUCUGGUCUGGCUGAAUCUGUGUCUACACUAAUCUGGGCAGCUCCUCGACUCCAGUCAGAGGUGCCUGAGCUGAAAAUAGUAUCUGAUCAGCUGUGUGCAAAGUACAGCCAGGAGUAUGGUCAGCUGUGUCGAACCACUGAGAUUGGAACUGUCAGCUCUCGGCUAAUGUGUAAAUUAAAUGUGAACAGCCUACCCCAGGUUUUAGUGGAACAGUAUCUGAUAGAAAUUGCUAAGAACUAUAAUGUGCCAUAUAAAUCCAAGGCAACCAUCAUGGCGGAAGCCCCGGCAGACCUGGUUAGUGUUGGAUUUACCGAGGAGGACAAGAAAGGCACCCUUGACGGCGGAGGGGGAACUGUAGCAGGACCUGGUGAUCCAGUUUGGGCAUCACCGAUAUCUGCGCCAGAGCCUUUACCUGUGCGGUCCCCGGUCCCUUGUUUCUCGUCCCUUCCUCCUGGAAGACAGAGAGGAAGGGAGAGGGAUAGAGAGCUAGACACAUCGAUGAGAGAGAAGCAUGGACCAGCUACUUCCCGCACACCUCCUACUGGGGAUGUGUCUGCAACCAAGAAUGACUCCUUUAAGAAUGAUUUGCAUCCUAUACUGGUUCCUGGUCCGGGAUUCAACCCUCAAACUUCCCCAAAGCCAGCAUCAAGAACCGAGAUUGGUUUUGAUAACUUUAUGCUGCCUGAUUUGCCUGAUGUAAAACCUCAAGCAAGUCUUUCCAUUGACCCUUAUGACUCUGAGGAAAUUGACUUUGAGGAUCUUGACCGGAGACUUGAAAUGCUGAAGAAAACCACAUAAUUCCUUAAUCCUGGAUUGAGUGCUUGCCUGGGAAUUAGAACCGUUGGGCACAAAUUUUAAUAGGGCCACCGAUGUGUGGGUCUGAAGUUUUCUCAUUUACAAUUUCUUCUGUUCCUUAAAUUCUAUGGUUCUCUGUCUGUAAUAAUGUGUGUAUAUGUCUCUGUGUGCAUAUACAUAUAAUCAUAUAAUUAUUCCUGUUUCUUAAAAUUCCAAAAUUCUAUGGAAUUCUAAGAUUUUGUAAUUCCGUUCCUUAAAAUUCUGUAAUUCUUAGAUGAAGAUUCCUGACCUACAGAAUUUUAUUAAUUAUAGCCAAUAAACUUUCAUUUUCUCUGAGA